AUGCGUAAUGAGUAUGUUGUCGCAAUACUCCACACAGCACUACAUAUUGUUGGGGACAGUACAGAAAAAGAGUUUAGCAUGCGUCCACAACAAGAAAUCAUCGGGGAAGAAAGUUCCGGGCGUGUCGACUAUGCAAUUAAGGCUCACUAUCUAUAUCUUGUUCUUUCUCUUGGCUAUCAUCUUUCGAGAGUCGGAUCUCAACAGCAAAACCACAAGCCCCUUCGUAACCUCGCAAAACCGGUAAACGAGACCUUUAGUACAAAGGAAAUUCGUCCACGACGAACUACUUGUGAAAGUAGCAGUUCGAUUCUGAGGAUCUUAUUUGCAUUACGGAGGAUAAACUCCUAUGGGGUUUGCACAGAACAUCAAACAGCUGGAGAGUUCGUUCGAAACCAACUAGAAAAAACUCCUGGCGAAAUUGCGCAGGCAAGCGAUACCGCCCUUACUAUCGAAUUUACCAAGAAGGCCUUGGAAAAAAAUUCGGAGGAAUACGAAGCAUUGUGUAAGGGCGUGAAAAAGGAUAGGGCAUGUGUUGGAAAAUCGCCGGCUACAAAAAGGGCUAGGGUUGAGGGAUACCGCACUAAAAAAUGA